AUGACUGGCCUGGUAGACAAUGGGAGAGCAGUGGUUAUUGUCUAUCUAGACUUCAGUAGGGCUUUCAACACUAUCUCCUAUGAGAUCUUCAUAGAGAAGGUAAUGAAGUAUGAGCAGACAGUGAAGUGGAUUGAAAACUGGCUGAACGGCCAGAACCAGAGGGUGGUGAUCAUUGGCACAAAGUCUGAUGUGUUCAUUGCUACCACUUCAUCAUCCACAGAAGGAUUUGGAAUCUUUUGGAAACCUGUGAAAAUUAAAUUUGCCUGUGGAACUGCAUCUCCAGCAGAAAAAUCUAAUACAGGAUUGAUUAUGCUUUCUCCGAAUAUCUCUAGGGAUUUGACUGAUUGCUCCGAGUUUGGAAAUAGAUCCUGUCCUGACAGCUUAAGGUCACCAGGAGUACGAGGGGUAAUGUAUCUAUUCAUAACAGCAGCCUUCAUUCUCACCAUCUUAGGGAAUCUGGCCAUAAGCAUUUCCAUCUCGUAUUUCAAGCAGCUUCAUUCUCCGGCCAAUUUCCCCAUCCCACCCACGGCCGUCACGGAUUUCCUGCUGGGCUUCGCUGGUACGCCCCACAGCAUGGUGAGGUCUGUGGAGAAAUGCUGGUAUUUUGGGAUGACAUUCUGCAAAGUUCCUUACAGUUUCGACCUGAUGCUCUGCUUCGCUUCCAUUUACCACCUUCGUUCCAUUGCCAUGGAUCGGUUUUAUGCAAUCUGCCACCCUCUGCAUUACACCAGCACCGUGACUGUCACAAAUAGAUAAAUCGUAGCUGCGUGCUGACCGGCGCCCGCUGCUUUUGCUUUUGGUGUGGUUUUCUCGGAAGCUUAUGCUUCUGGAAUUGAGGGCUAUGAAAUGUUGGUUAAAUGCUCGAGCUUGUGCCCUAUUGUGUUCAACAAACUGGGGGGGAGCUUUCUAAGAAUAAAGACAGAAAAGCUGCCAAGACUUUGA